AUUUUAAGCGUCCAAAUAACGUUGAUUAAAUAUUUUGUUGCCAUCAACGCCAAGAAUUUCUUCAAAAAUGUUUGAUGUUGCUCUGAAAAGCGCCGGUGCUCAGGUUGUCCUUGCUACUUCUAGUGAUGGUAAUCAUCCACCUGAAAAUAUCAUUGAUGGGGAUCAGGAGACAUUUUGGGCAUCAACUGGUCUAUUUCCACAAGAAUUCAUUGUUACAUUUUCCUCCAUGAUGAGUAUACAGCGAAUUGAAAUUGCAUGUUUUAAUGUGAAGAAAUUGUCGUUUCAAACUAGCAAAGAAAAUGAGCCAUUAAAUUUUGAAGAUCUGUUAGACAAAGAAUUUGAUGCUACAGACAAUAAUCUCCAACAAGAAGAAUUUCCAUUAAAUAAUAAAAGAGCCAACCACCUGAGAGUUAUCAUUGAAAGCGGCUACGACCAUUUUGUGUCAGUGCAUAGACUCAGUAUUAAUGGAAAUGCUAUUCAUGGAUAGGUGAUAGCUUCUAGAUUUUCUUACCGUUUUGAUGGUGGAGAAAUUGAUCCUGUACGUGAUAAAAGGUUUUUCAUUUUCACACAAAGUACAUGUAUAAUUUGUCAUUGCUCUAAAAAUCCGUGAGAAUUUUAUCCCAUGAUUUGGUCAAUAUAUAUAUUUUUAAUAUCUAAAGACUUAUUGUAAUGUGUGAAAAAAUGAAAUGAUAUGUAACACCAGUCCACCUACCAUCAUUGAACAAUCGUUUCGUGUUUUGUAAAGCAAACGUGUAUUUUCAGAUAUAAGAGAAAUAUGAGACAAAUUUGUUGAAAGUUCAAUUAUAAGUUAUUUUUACAUUUUUAGGGAAGAAGUCAUUUUUUUCACGUUGUAUAAUUCUACAAUCAAUAAAAACACAUCAAUUUUG